GCCCCGAGCCGCGGGGGCCGCGCACUCCCCGAUCCGCCCCGCCCCGCCCCGCGGCCCCGACGUUGCCAAGGAAACAGGCGAGGCGCCGGCAGACGCCACUCCGCGCGCGGGGCUGAGGGGCGCCGGGCAGGUCCGGCCGCCCCGCAGCGGGCCAGGCAGGUGCGACCCCGCCCCGGCGGCUGCCCCGCCGCUGGCGACGGGACCUGGGGGGCGGGACCUCGACGCCCCGCCCCAGCCACGGAACCAAUGGGCGCUCGGACAGCCGAGUGGGCGGGGCGGGCGCGGCCUCGGCGACGCGGAGACGGGCGCGGGCGGAGAGCGCGAGCCGACCGGGCGCACUGACCAUGGCCUCCAAGUGUCCCAAGUGCGACAAAACCGUGUACUUCGUGCAGCUGGGUGGGGUGCCGGUUCCCUGGCCACAUGCUAGAGCCAGCAGCGCAGCAUGUUUCUGUCAGCCGAGUCACUGCUGGCCAGCAGGAGAACUGGGAGAAGACGCCGGGCUGGCAUGGGAUCCAGCUGAGAAGGUGAGCUCCCUGGGCAGGGACUGGCACAGGUUCUGCCUCAAGUGUGAGCGCUGCAGCAAGACGCUGACGCCCGGGGGCCAUGCCGAGCAUGAUGGGAAGCCGUUUUGCCACAAGCCUUGCUAUGCCACGCUGUUUGGACCCAAAGGUGUGAACAUUGGCGGUGCCGGGUCCUACAUCUACGAGAAGCCCUCUACAGAGGGAGCACAGGUCACUGGCCCCAUUGAGGUCCCCGUGGCCCGAGCUGAGGAGCGAAAGGCGAGUGCCCCCCCGAAGGGGCCCAGCAAAGCCUCUAGUGUCACCACGUUCACCGGGGAACCCAACAUGUGUCCUCGCUGCGACAAGAGGGUCUACUUUGCUGAGAAGGUGACGUCCCUCGGCAAGGACUGGCACCGGCCAUGCCUGCGCUGUGAGCGCUGCGGGAAGACACUGACUCCCGGCGGGCACGCAGAGCACGACGGCCAGCCCUACUGCCACAAGCCCUGUUACGGAAUACUCUUCGGACCUAAGGGCGUGAAUACCGGAGCCGUGGGCAGCUACAUCUAUGACAGGGACCCCGAGGGCAAAGUUCAGCCCUAGGCCCACAACCCCCUCCCGGGGCAUGGGCCCCUAGCCCAGUGCCCACUGCUUGGCUCUGUGGGGGAGAGUGACCAGUCCCUUCUCAGCACAGCCUGCCCUUGUGUCCAGGGCCUUCCUUGGAGGUAGAGAAAGCUGCACUGGGCCAUUGCCCCGUUCCUCUGGGUGUGUCUGCCUUUUUGUCCAGCACCCAUUACCCCCUUUUGUGUCUUUGUGGCUCCCGCUCCGUGUGGCCCCACAUGUCUCUGUGUCUGUGUGUCUCGUGGCCCCAUGUGUCCCUGUGUAUCUCCAUGGCCCUGGGUGGGUCCCUCCAAGGUGGCUAUCCUACUUUCCCUUCCUGCUGCCCCCCAGUAUUAUUUAUCUCCUUUUGCUGCUGUGACCACAGCCACGCUCCUCACAGUGUCCGUGGACAGGGCACCCUGCCAGGGCCCUGUGCGGUCUCCCACACUGCCUUGCAAGCACCCACCUGCCACCCUCACGAAGUUUUUGCUGUCAAUAAAAGGUUUGAGGACUACAGGA